UUGGGCUCUGUUAGCGGUAAAUGGCGCGGACAGGGGUUUAUGUUAGUGGCUGAGGCUAGCGUUUUCCUGCCCAUGCGAACUGGGAACCCUGGCAGUCGCCCGUCCGCGCACGAAGGCUCAAAAGGAAGGCACAACCCACAGCCGGCGGUGGCCCUCGAACCCAUUUUACACAUCUUACCAAGCAACUCUGGACGUCACGUCUACCCGUACGAUACAGGAUCCGUAAAUCUGGAUCCUUCUGGCAUACUCUAGCAACUGUUCGACCAACCCACCAAAUGUGCAGCAGUCAGACCCGGAUUUUCCUUUCCUCUUGCGCUGCUGCUCGAACCUUCACACCCACUCUCUUCUGCGAUCGCACACGGAGAACCGCCCUCAGUUUGCGCAUUCCACGGUGAGCAGGCAUUGGCCUGGGCUCUAUUCCCCUUCAACUACCCCAACCUUUACCUCGACCUACAUACGGCGACGUCACGAACAUGUACGCGCCCCAAUACCAUCAGCCCCCAGGCUACUCCGUGCCCCACGACGUGCAUCACCGCACGACCCCGCCAAUGUCCCCUGGCCAGAGCGCAAACUUCUACUCGCCCCGCUAUGGUAUGCCCUCGACUCCACGCGCCAGCCCCAGCGUCAAGGGCCAUGCGCGCCGCGCCUCGACCGCCGUACCACAACAGCAUUAUUCGCAUGCUUCAGCGGGGAGGCCUAUGCAUCCCAUGCAAGGCGCAUAUCCUACGCCGCGAGCAACGCCCGAAUAUGUCCCAAUCUUCGAAGAGCCCGCUAAACCUCGUGCUCGACGUGCUUCUCACUCAACUCGUGCGCCGCCACCACAAGAGAAGACGCCCAAGCGCCCUGCAGCUACCAAGCCCGCUUCCAAGGCUACCGAAGCGGAUGCGCGCCGCGCUGGCAUUCCUGCUGGCUACUCUUACAAGAACUGGGACCCCACUGAAGAACCGAUCAUGCUCCUCGGCAGUGUCUUCGAUGCCAACUCACUCGGCAAGUGGAUCUACGACUGGACUGUCUUCUACAACGGCCCUGCCACCCCUCUCGCGGAGAUGGCUGGCGAACUCUGGCUCCUACUCAUCCAACUCGCCGGCAAAGUCAAGAAGGCAGACGAGAACAUGAGCAAGAUUCGCAGGAAGGAGAAUGCUGAGAUGGUUGAAGACUUCCUCAUGAGCGGCGAGCGUCUUUGGAUUCGCUUCGCCAAGCUCCUCAAGACAUGUGAAGACUUCAUGUGGAAGGCUGCAAAGAAGGAGAGCGGCGACAAGAAGCCCGUUUCCAUGGGCAAGAACAGCGGUCGCGAGUUUGUGGAGUCCAUCUUUGGACGCGACCGUGAGCUUGAGAAGACUGAGAAGCUCAUGACUGGCAUGCGUCUCUGGAGCAUGCGUUUCGAUGCCAAUUGCGAAGAGAUCCUUCGCUGCCCCUCUGCUUAGCGCGUUCACAUGCCAUUGCCCGGAUGCAGUGGCACUGGCGUUGAUUCGGUCUGUUUUACGCUUUGUUAUUAUUUGUUUUGCGCUACUUGCUUCACGCGAGAUACCCUUUCUUGCUGUCUAAUUGCUAAUCUGCUGCAUCUUCUGCUCUGGACGAUUCUUACUGUAUACUAGUUUCGGGUUGAGACACGGAACGUUCGCAGCAUCUGGGCGGGUCAAAGGAAAAGUCACUUUCAUUGCGACAAUACCCCCUUUCUUACUCAAUUGGUUUUACUCCCGCGUACAGCAUGGUGUUCAGGCUGGCAGUGUCCAGAUUCUCCUUAUGUCUUUGGGUCAGCAACUAGAUCAGAGGUGGCACCUACACCACUUCAUAGGCUUGGAACCGCAAGGUCAAAAGUAGUAUACCCUUGCUAUCAGCAGAUCAUUUAUCAAUAUCAGUAGCUAUCACUCAUCUUGCACA